UACCCACGCAGGCUGCAUGCAAGCGAGAUUAGUCUUGAGCUUUUGCGUCCUGAUCGGUACCGUCCGUAAAUCACGAGAAGGUCAGACGGUUUGAGCUACAAGUCGGGAAAACUCGUUUUAAUUAUCAAAACAAAAUGCAUGUUAAUAAGUCUGUUUAAAAACAAGAAGGGGAUCUUCUUUUGCAACAAGAAGGGGUCAUACUUUUUAGAAACCUGUCAAUUCUAUUCUCGCUCUCUGUGAUCCACUGGUUGAUAUGUCUCGUUCGCUGUCAAUAUUGCUGGUGGGAGAAGGGAACUUUUCAUUUUCCGCUGCUUUGUGUUGCUUUCCAUCGGAGAUGAGCGUCACAGCCACUUGUCUGCAGCCGCAGGAGGAGGCACUGCGGCAGGAAGGUGCACUCAAUAACAUGCAGAUCAUCAAGGACUCCGGUGGAAGGGUGCUUUUCGAGGUAGACAGCACAAAGCUCGGGGAAUGUGCGUCCCUGCAAGGGCAUUUAUUUGACCGUGUCGUUUUUAACUUUCCACACUGCGGGAGAAAGAGCGGAGUUAAAAAGAACAGACAACUUCUCAAAGAUUUCUUUCUCAGUUGCAUUCAGGUGUUAGCCGAAGAUGGGGAGGUUCACGUUUCCCUCUGCAACGGACAAGGCGGGACGCCGGCCGACCAGCCGAGGCGAGAGCGGCACAACAGCUGGCAGGUGGUCGCCAUGGCAGCAGAAGCACGCCUCAUCCUCAGUGAUGUCCGCCCUUUCGAAAGUGACAAAUACCAGAUCUACAAAUGCACCGGAUACAGGAGUCAGGAUAAAGGCUUCCAUUUGGAGAAUGCUAUGCUCCAUGUGUUUACUCGUAGCGUUCCCUACAGCUGUCCUCAGGUGUUUAAAAUGGAGGAGUUUGUGGAAGGAGAAAAAAUCCAGUACAACAUACCGUCCGAACUCAGUGAUUACAUAUCUCGGGGCUUUCUCACUCCAGAUUCUGUCCAUCCUGUCAAAUUAGUGCAAGAUUUUCUUCUGGAAAAGUUACAGGAAAAGUGGUCAGUCUCCAUGAUGACAGAGACCCCUCCCCUGCUCAUCACAGCUAAACAGUUGCAUUUAGGUUGCCCUGAUAUCGACCACACAUUGUUCUACUGGAUUCACGCUUGUCAGAAAGAGCUGGAUUGUGAGGCUUGUACAUCCGCACGUGAGUCGGAGUGUAAAGGGGUGGAUGGAAUAAGGUCAUUGUGCUCUCCCGAUGUUGACCUUGAAGGGGAAACUGCUGUUUAUAUGUUACGGCCCUCGUUACGCCCCCUGAUGGAAGCCGCUAAGACAGAAGAGUGGACCGGUGUUGAGACAGAAAUGGAAAAAAAAGAUCUUCAAGGAAUUCAUUUGGAUCACGGUGUGGCGAGCUCGCUGGUCGGUGUCAGCGGUCUGGUGUUCCAAAAUGUUCCGGUCAAACACUGGGCUCUGCCUGUCUUCCACGAGCUGCUCUUUACUGGUGUUCUCCAUAAAAAGUACGAGCCUGUAAAAGUUCUUGAGCAGACUUUGGGAACGCUGCUAGCGCCCUAUGGUGUCUCCUUGGUGACCAAGCAGGAAGGUCUGCAUCUGGUUGCACAGCCAAUGGGUUUAAUCGGUAAAGUACUCACAAAUAACACCAGUGACGUCAGUGUGACCGUUUCUUUAAAUCUGGACCUCCUCGCCAUGCUCAUGUUCUCAUUCCCGGACUGGAGGCUGCUCUGGUCACAUGACCCGCGCUUCUCACAGCAGUUUGCCAUAAGACCAACCCCUGGGACACCUUUCGCCGCAUAUUCCUUGUACCCUGAGAUCUUCAGCUUUGACAUCAGCUUCUGGACAGAGAUGGCGUGGGAGGAGAAGAAAUUCUACGGGCUGGUCCGUGAGGCCUCCUGCGGGACUGUGGAGCAUGUUAAACUCAUUGAUAAAUUCUCACAUCCGGAUCUGAGCCAGACCAGCUACUGCUACAGGCUGGUUUACCACUCACAUACACGUGCAUUGUCACACACACAAGCCAUCGAAUUCCACAAACGCUUGGAGUCAUUGCUGUCCUCAUGCUUGGAAGUUACAAUUAGGUAUACUGCUCGGCGAGAAAUGACGGAAAUGAACGAAGGGACUCGGAGGAGCGUUUUAAACAUGGCGGCCAAGGCGCUCCGUCAGCGAACCAGACGAGGUAGCAAACAAGAUCCGAACCACGUCAACGUCUCUGCAGAGGCUCGUACGCCGAAAGAGGAGAAAGGGAGCGAAGAUAGUAAAGUUGCAGACACUGGGCAAGAGGCAAUAAGUCGUGGUGGGCAGGUAUGGGCCCCGGAAGGCUCGACCGCGUUUAAAUGUCUGCUGUCGGCACGCUUCUGCGCAGCAUUGCUGAGCAACAUCUCCGACUGCGAUGAGACCUUCAACUAUUGGGAGCCUAUGCACUACCUGCUUUAUGGCACAGGGAUGCAAACGUGGGAAUACUCGCCAUUGUAUGCCAUCAGGUCCUACGCUUAUUUAUGGCUUCACGCUUUGCCGGCCUGUUUGCACGCCCAUGUCCUGCAGACAAGCAAGGUGUUGGUCUUCUACUUUGUGCGAUGUGUCCUCGCAUUCUGCUGCUGUGUCUGCGAGCUCUAUUUCUACAAGGCUGUUUGUAAGAAAUUCGGUUUGCACGUGGGACGACUGAUGCUGGCUUUUCUCGUCCUGAGCACCGGAAUGUUCAGCUCAUCUGCAGCAUUCCUGCCAUCCUCUUUCUGCAUGUACACCACGUUGGUCGCCAUGACGGGGUGGUUCCAGGACUCCAUGCCGUUAGCCAUUGCGGGCGUAGCUGCCGGCGCCAUCGUUGGCUGGCCUUUCUCUGCUCUGAUCGGGGUGCCAAUUGCAUUUGACUUGCUUGUAAUGAAGAAGAAGUGGAAGAAUUUUAUUAUGUGGUCUGCUGUUGCUCUGCUGUUACUGCUGGUUCCCUUGGUUGCAGUGGACUCUUACUUUUAUGGCAAACUGGUGGUGGCCCCUCUUAAUAUUCUACUGUAUAAUGUCUUCACACCACAUGGACCCGAUUUGUAUGGUACGGAGCCGUGGUACUUCUACUUUGUGAACGGGGCCCUAAACUUCAACCUGGUUUUUAUCCUGGCACUUUUUUCCCUGCCACUCACUGCUAUCAUGGAGACGCUUCUGCACAAAUUCAAUGUGCAGAACCUGGGCCGUCCCUACUGGCUGACCUUGUCACCCAUGUAUCUGUGGAUGUUGGUUUUCUUCACCCGGCCUCACAAAGAAGAACGCUUUCUCUUUCCCAUCUACCCCCUCAUCUGCCUCAGCGGCGCUGUGGCCCUCUCAUCUCUACAGAAAUGCUACCACUUCCUGUUUCAGCGCUACCGUCUGGAGCACUACACGGUCUCCUCCAAUUGGCUGGCGCUUAGUGCCGUGGUGGUUUUUGCUGCGGUGUCACUCUCUCGCUCCGUCGCCCUCUUCAGAGGCUACCACGCCCCCCUUGACCUAUACCCCGAGUUCCUGCGCAUCGCCAGGGACACGAGCCUGCACUCGGUCCCCGAAGGCAGACCGGUCAGCGUUUGUGUGGGCAAGGAGUGGUACCGCUUCCCGAGUAGCUUCCUUCUUCCUCACAACUGGCAACUUCACUUCAUCGAAAGUGAGUUCAGAGGUCAACUACCCAAGCCGUACGCUGCGGGCCCUCAGGCCACGCAGAUCAUACCUAAUGAUAUGAACGACCAAAAUCUGGAGGAGCCCGGCAGAUAUGUGGACAUCCGGCGCUGCCACUACCUGGUAGACCUGGACACAGAAGAAGAAACGCUACGUGAGCCACGCUACACAGCAAACAAAGAAGAGUGGAACAUCAUUGCCUUUAAGCCUUUUCUCUAUGCUUCCAGGUCCUCGCCGAUCUUCAGAGCGUUUUACAUCCCGUUCCUCUCUAACCAUCACACCAGCUACAGACGCUACGUCAUCUUAAAAUCCCGGCGGCAAAGGCUGCCAUGUGGGCGAGGCCACGGCUGACCUUUGAACCUGGGCUUCACUCCGAUGCAACAACAGCAUCCUUCCCUUUGACUUGACACAGCUGCUGUGUGCGUGUUUUGAAACAUUCGUCUUAAGGAAUGAAGAUAAGGACCCUUUAAGGACUUUGUGUGUCUGUGUGUGCAUGUGAAAACAAUUCCACGGGUUGUCUACAGGCAGUAAUUGUUUGUGUGUCACUGUGUCUCGUGUGUUAUUUGAAUGAAGCUGUUCAGAUCUGUUUCAAGUGUGGCUUGAAUGCAUUCAAUGGAAUAACGUCAUCAAAAUGUUUACUAAGGUGUGACGUGAGAAUGAAUGGAAAUCAAAAAAAUGUGACACAAUCAUUUUGUUUUUCAAUAAAAUAACAGCACCAC